AUGUACACAGAGACUCUCGUCCUUCUUCACUGGGCUGCCAGUGUUAGUGGGCACAUGUCACUUUGGUAUCCUGGACCGCUCGGGGGGGCCAAAGAGGCCAACGCAAUGUCUACAUACGUAGACUCUGAGCUCAACUUCCCUCUGGGAUGUUGUGACGAGAACGGCCAAGCUACCUUGCCGAGCCCGGGCAUCUGCCGGGGUCACCUUGACAUGUUCGACGAGCAGGAGCCGCAAGUAGUGUGGCAAGCAGGCCAGAAUGCCUACUUCCAGCUUUCCGACCAUACGUACGCAGCAGGCACGCCAGGCUCCACGCACCACGGAGGCAGCUGCCAGGUUGGCUUCUCUCUAGAUCGUGGCCAGACAUGGAAAGCGGCGGCUUCCUUCUCUGGCAACUGCCCGCGUCGGGCGGAAGAUGGAUCACCCAGCAGCCAGACGUUUGACUUCCAAGUCCCUCGUGGUAUGCCGAGUGGUAACGCUCUGUUUGCUUGGGUCUGGCUGAACCGCGAGCACGAGUUUUUCGUCAAUUGCGCUAAGGUCAGAAUUACAGCCAACGCUUCGCGUGUCCUGUCAGCCGACAUGUCUCUUCCUUCUUCUCGUGGACUCUGGAGGCAGAGCAGGCCGAAAGCUUUCCGCUCAUGCGAAUGGGACACAGCUCCCGUGAUGAAAAUGAGCUACUACACUACUGACGCUGACUGCAUGCCCAACGCCAAACUACGGCAUGCGCAAAGUGAUGACUUUGAGCUUGGUUGGGAUGUGGCGUGUGGCGUUGUAGAGGGUGAUGGUGCUUUCCCAAUCCAGAUGAUCGCCUGCUGA